GUUAAACAAAGGCUGCCGAUUUUGCCGGUUCCCUGUAGUAAUUUCGACGAAGCUUGGAACCAGUUCUUGAUUUCGAAAGCUGUAAGAUCUCGAGAAGCUCAAGGAGAAUUCUUUUCUGCUCCGUUGCGAAUGGUGAUCAACCUUUUAGGAGUUUCUGUGUUUUUUUUCUAAUUCUGCUGUCACUAAAAGUCAGACACGACCAAAACUGUGUGUUCCCUUUGUGUUCGUGUCUGUUUCGUUAUAUGAUCUUAAGAGUAAUCAAAAAAUGCAUUUGUGACGAAAGUGAAGGAAAGGAGUCAUGAUGACUUCUCUGUAGCACAACUUUACACAUGCAUUGACAGUAUAUAUCAGAUAAACAACCUAUGACUAGGUAUAUUCUCUGGCAGGUGCUUGUGUUCUUUUUUUGAACAGUGAAACGAUGAGAAGACCAAGUCAAAUGAUGAAACUUCUUCUAACAUCCUUCUUCGGUGUUAUAGUUGGUUUCCUUAUGGGUAUUACUUUCCCAACCCUUACCUUAACUAAGAUGAAUCUUCCAUCCACAUUGUUUCCCUCCAUCGAUCUUGCAUACAUUGAGGAUAAAUACUCUGACUUGUCAAGAAAAAAGACUAUUUAGUGCUUGGUCUUCUUCCACAAAGAGCCCCAAACUCAAAUAUGGGUUCCUACUAACUGUCGUGGUGCUGAGAGGCUACCCCAGAUAUAGUCACGCCUGAAUCAGAUUUGUACCUCCGUAGAUUGUGGGGUGACCCUAAUGAGGUUCAUACAUUUUUGUAUAACAGUAUGGCUUCAAGAUUAUGGGAAAAUUCGGUUGACAUGCAUGCAGUACAUAAAAACCAAGCAGCGGUAUCUUGUAACAUUUACAGUUGGUUAUGAUCAGAGGAAAAAUAUAGACGCCGAAGAAGAUAAUUUCACUAUAAUGCUGUUUCACUACGAUGGACGGGCCAGCGAAUGGGGAAAAUUUGAAUGGUCCAAGCGAGCUAUUCAUGUGAGCAUUCGGAAACAAACAAAAUGGUGGUACGCCAAGCGAUUUCUUCAUCCUGACAUAGUCGCCCCCUAUGAGUAUAUCUUCAUAUGGGACGAGGAUCUAGGCGUGGAACACUUCGAUUCGGAAAAGUAUCUGGCGGUGGUGAAGAAACAUGGUUUGGAGAUCUCACAGCCUGGGUUGGAACCGUACGAAGGGUUAGAGGUGUCAAUUGGGCGUGCUGACCAUGGGCUAGCCCAGUCCAAUUCAUUUUGGGCGGGCUAUGGACGUCCCCAAUUUAUAAAUGGUUCAACUGGACAAAAGACCAAUUGGUACAUGGUCCAAUUGGGUGAAGACCAAAUGGACAAUGGUUGUCCAUGGGUUUCCUAAAACAUGUUUAUGAGUUUAACAAAAAAAAACAUAACUUUACAAUUUAACCCAAAACAAUAGUUUUAUCGUU